UAAAUCGUUAGAAAUUGAUUCCAUCCUCGACAAACAUACAACACAACAAAACAUCGACCAAAUCUAGCAUCUUUUCUUCGAUUUUAUCCCAUUUUGCCCUUGGUUUAGGUUAUAUAUAUAUGCCUGCUCUUAAAUUCCUGAAUCAUCGUUGUUAUUAAGUAAAAACUCUAUUUCAAGAAUUAAAUUAAAUUUUAAAAAGGAACAAGAAUUCCUUCAUACUCAUCAGCUCAAACAAGGUUUAGGAUUUCUUUUGGAGUAAGGUAAAAGCUCACACAAAGAUGCCGCAGCCACCGCAAAUGAUUCCUGUGAUGCCUUCAUAUCCACCUACUAAUAUCACUACUGAACAGAUUCAGAAGUACCUUGAUGAGAAUAAGAAGUUGAUUUUGGCAAUUUUGGACAAUCAGAAUCUUGGAAAACUCGCUGAAUGCGCCCAGUAUCAAGCUCAGCUGCAAAAGAAUUUGAUGUAUUUAGCUGCAAUUGCGGAUGCUCAACCUCAAUCAACGCCAACAAUGUCGCCUCAGAUGGCACCGCAUCCAGCAAUGCAACCCGGAGGAUAUUUUAUGCAACAUCCUCAAGCUGCUGCAAUGUCACAGCAACCUGGCAUGUACCCUCAAAAGGUGCCAUUGCAAUUCAAUAGUCCGCAUCAAAUGCAGGACCCUCAGCACCUCCUAUAUCAGCAGCAUCAACAAGCAAUGCAAGGUCAAAUGGGAAUCAGGCCUGGGGGACCCAAUAAUAGCAUGCAUCCCAUGCAUUCAGAGGCUAGCCUUGGAGGUGGCAGCAGUGGUGGUCCCCCUCAACCUUCAGGCCCAAGUGAUGGACGUGCUGGAAACAAGCAAGAGGGCUCCGAAGCUGGUGGUAAUGGGCAGGGCAGCACAACUGGUGGGCAUGGUGGCGGUGAUGGAGCGGAUGAGGCAAAGUGACUGUCCUAAUCAGUCAUUUUGUUUGGAUACCAUGUGGCUGUUGAUAGUAGGUUUCUCUUACAAUAGGAUUUGUAUUCCCCUGGUGAUCUUCUCAUAGACUGUUGUAAAAUGAAAAUUCUUCUUAUUGCUUUUUAAUGUAGCAGUUUAGGUAGUUUAACUCUUUUUAAGAGGUUGUUGGCAUGCUAAUGAAUUAAAGAAACAGGCUGUUAAGACAAGGAUAGUUUUGUUGUAAGAGGAGGUACAAAAGCAUGUGGUUACUACCUCUGGAGCUGUCAUUUUUUAAUAACCUAAAAAAAUUGCAGCUUGUAAUCUAAA